UUCUGCGUUCGUUGCGAGCGGGUCUGUAUAUUAUCUUUACGGCCGUAUUUUCGAUCAUAAAUAUAUUUUUUUAAGUUUCCUUCAAUAUUAAUUUAAGUUAUUUUUAACUGUCGUUUAAGUGUUUAUUAGUAUUGUGUAAAUUAGUUUGUGUGUGCAAAAUAUAUUAUAGUUAAUCGUUAGUCACUCCAAUGGCGAAAACUGAGAAGUCGUUUACAAGAAAUAUUACAGAUUGUGUAUCAUGUGUCCAAGUGUUGAACAUUAUGGUGCUGCUCGGGUUCAUGUUGAACUACGCACUCCGAGUGAACCUCACCAUCGCUAUCGUCGAGAUGAUCUUCGACGAGAAGGACAACCAAACCAUCGCCAACCUGACCGACUCCAUCAACGUAACACAGCAUCCAGAGCACAUCGAACAGACUCGCUACCACUGGGACACGAAACAGAAGAACCACCUCCUGGGCUGCUUCUUCUGGGGCUACAUCCUCACAGAGGUGCCGGGCGGCCGGCUAGCUGAAGUUAUUGGAGCCAGGCGGGUCUUUGGCUACAGCACACUUCUAGCCAGUAUUCUGACGCUGCUAUCUCCAGCUGCGGCUUCCAUGGGAUUCGUGUGGAUUGUGUCUCUUCGCGUGGCACUAGGUUUCUUCCUCGGAGCGACGUGGCCAGCCAUUUUGCCAAUGGCUUCCAAAUGGAUUCCAGCAAUGGACAGAUCCAAGUUUAUGUCAAAUAUGAUGGCAUCAUCGCUCGGAGCAGCCAUCACGAUGCCGAUAUGCGGGUUCUUGAUCGCGCACUUCGGCUGGGAGUCGGCCUUCUACUUCACUGGUAUUAUUGGUGUGAUGUGGUCGGUGGCUUGGUUCGCCGUCGUGUACGACUCCCCGGCGCAGCACCCUCGCAUAUCUGACGCUGAAAGGAACUACCUCCUCAAGAGCAUUCCACAGGACAACGCUAAGGGACACGUAGCAGUUCCUUGGCGCAAGUUGCUCCUGAGUCCACCCGUGUGGGCCAUCGUGAUCACCCACGGCGCCUCGGUGUUCGGCUACUUCACCGUGGUCAACCAGCUGCCCACCUACAUCGAGAGCAUCCUGCACUACAGCAUCAAACACAACGGUCUGCUGUCGUCGCUGCCCUACCUGGGGAAGUACCUGUGUGCGCUCGCGUCGUCCGUACUGGCGGACUCACUGCGCCGCACAGGCCGGCUCUCCACCACCGCUGCCAGGAAACUCUUCACUGGCUUCGCUGUCGGACUUCCUGGUUUAAUGAUGAUAGCGCAGGCGUUCUUCGGUCACGACCGCGUGUGGUCCAUCGCUAUCUUCACCAUGGCGCUCACCAUCAACGGCGCCGUCACUGCCGGCUACCUCGGCAACGGACUAGACAUCGCACCCAGAUUCAGCGGCACUAUAUUUGGGAUCGCCAACACUCUGUCGUCUCUGGGCGGCUGGCUGUCCACCUUGAUGGUGGGGGAGCUCACCAAGGAACACAAUACUUACGAGCAAUGGCAGAUCGUAUUCUUCAUCCUCGCCGGCACCUACAUCAGUGGCGCCCUCUGCUUCACGCUGCUCGGCUCCGGAGAACUGCAGCCGUGGAGCUCGCCGCACACCGCCAAAGACAACGAGACGGACAAACAGACACCCGAACAUCAGCCGCUCAAGGGGCAGGAAGACGCGUGAAUAUAUGUAACGACUAGGGCAGCACAAGUUAUCAGGUCCUAUUGACUUGUUGAAUCACAAUGUACACACGAACAUAUUAAUUCUAUACACGUGCCAUAUGAAACAUACUGCUAUCAAAUUAUUUUGUCCCUUUCUAGCAAAUGUGAAAUAAGUUCUGACAGAAAGGGACAAAACAAUUUGCGAUGGCUAAAAUGGCUGAAUCAGCUCAUGACAUUAUCAUAAAUAAAAUAAUUAAUGUUUAGAUCUUAAUAAUUAUCAUCUCAACCUUAAUAGCCAUAUUUUUUUAUGUGAUCCCCUAAUUUUAAACGUUCAUAUAAAUAUAUAAGCUAUAUUUCUACUAUGUUCCCAAAACUCGACAAAGAAAGAUUAGAUCGGACUAUGGGAAUUUGCGUUGCGGCUGAGUUGCACCUUUAAUUACUAAUUUUCAAAAAAAAGUGAGAAUUGAUUGGCUUAUUAAUUAAUUGAGCUGCUAUUGAAUGUCAAAAAUAGAAAGUUGGUGAAUAAAAAAAAAAGAUUCCAUCCAACAUCUUAAUACUCUACUCUCGAAAGCAGAUAUAUUUUCAUAUACCCCUGCUUACAAAUUGUGAACCCCCAUUUUUUUAUGCUACGUAGGUACCUACCCUUCUGAUCGGGGGACCACCUUAGAAACUAAUGGCUUUUAUUAUGUUUUAUUGUUAGUAUUAUUAAUUCCUCAUACAUUGUCCUAUAUAACCUCGGCGAGUUUUUUAAGAAGGUAGUAAUUUAGCGAUUCAAGUCAGUAGGAUCGACAGUAGACUAGUAUGUUCACAAGUACUCAGUCAGUGCUAAUAUUUCAGUUGCAAAGUGCAUAAAGUUGUUCUUUAGUUAUUAAGAAACAAGAUGCAAGACCAAUAUUCACACAAUAUUUAAAUUAGUGCAAAUUAAAACAGUAAGAGGCGUUAGGCAUUAGGCGUUACUUUGCGGAAAUCCAUAAUUAUACAAAUAAUUUAAGUUUUCUUUAGUGUUAAUUCCACCAAUAUAUGUUUUUAAAACAAUUCGACACGUAACAGUCUCUGUUUGCUUUAUAGCCAUUGAUCUAGCACGAAGUGAUACAUGCUGCAGCUGUAUAUUAGUAUACAUCUCAAUAAAUGUUGAUGAAUCAAGGCCAGGUGGGACUCCACCUAAAGCAUACUUAGUAAAUAUUGUGAAUCUGGUUUCAAUAUACUGUUUCUGGUAAUGAGUAUAUUGUUUGACAACUUUAGAAAUCAUCGAGUCUCUGAUAUUUUUAUCAGUAACUCGCUUUGUUGAAGUUAUCAUACACACUAUGGCACAUGCUAUAUCAGAUUUAGGCAAAUAUUGUCCUCCUGAUGCAGCACUUUCAUUUAUUAUCUGAAGGCACUCACUUUCCUCUACACCUAAUUCCCUAGACAUGUCAUUAAUCGAAUCUCUUGAGAAAAUAGCCCCACAUAAUGGAGUUUACAAUUUUGACUGAUUCUUAUUAUAACAAAAUGUUAUUGCCUUUGAAAACGUUACCAUUGAUAAUAAAGCAGCUUGACGAAAUGUUAAGAUUAACUUGCCAUCUAUCUGCUUGCUAAAACUCAUGUCUUUAAAUGUUGUUAUUAUGACAACUUUAAUUGUUAAUAUUUUCUUUCCACCUUCAUCCUUUGCAUAAGGAAACCUUACCCUAAUUGCCUUAUCUCCCUUUGUCUUACGCUCAGAUCUGAUAAAAGGGCCAUAUUCAAAUAAUAUUUUUGCAGCAAAUUCUAAAGCUUUAUUUGGCUUUCUAUCCAUUAAUUCAUCAUUGAAAUCUUUACAGUAACCAAGAAAAGUUGCCUUCAGUCCUUCAAAAUCAAACUCUGUAGUUGAGUAAUUGUUAAUAAAAUCUGGUGUUAUACCUAGGACAGUUAAGGUUUUCUUUAUGUCUGUUGUGGUUACGGUAGAUGGUACUGCACCGGAUAACUGGAAUUCUUGCACAUUGCGAUCACUCUGCUCCAAUCCUAAAGUGUUCAAAAUCUGGUCUGAUGUGAUAAUUUCUGCCAUAUUUAUAGUUCAGAACUAUCUUACUAUGUUCUAUAAUAUGGUCGAUAAUCUCAAUAGAUAUAUUAUGUCUAGAUGACAGGUAUUCAGGCAAUAACAACAAAUUUGGAUCAAAUUCGUGGGAAAACACUGUAACUGCUUCAGUUGCUAACAACGAGCCCUCAAUACUAAUAGUGAUGUUAUUUACGUGUUUCGCUUCUACACGAGGCCUCCUCAGGACGUGUUGUCUCGCCAAAAUCUGGCACGAGACUAACAAAUAUUGGCGGUAUUAACACUAAAGAAAACUUAAAUCAUUUGUCGAGCAAAUCUAAUUUAAUCUUAUUCGUUUGUUGUUCUUUUAACGUGGUACGUGUGAAAACGCGUUUAUAGCAAUUAUUAUCGUUUUUUAACAACUAUAUAAUUUAUGCUUGAGCUCAACCCUCAAGGGCUGAACAACAUGAAAAAUUCGGUAAACAUAUUAUAAUAAGUACAUAAACAUUUUUUUAUCGGUUUUGUUCCACCUGCGUAUAAUAUUGCGUUUUUUAUUUAUUUUAAUUCAUAAUAAAGGUUUUGUUAAACAAACCGAUUGAGAAUGGUCUUUCCAAAUUCGCCGCCGACAGUGGACAGUACAGUUAAAGUUGAAAGCUUAUCUCAAUUCCAAUCACAAUGUUUCUCUGUGCUGCUUACCUACUCUUUCUUUAGUCAUCUUGUGCUGUCUGUUUGGGUUAUUAAUCCAAAGAUUUCCCUGGUACAGCGUCUUGUAGCACUUAUUUGUACCUUGCAAUUGACAUAUUAUUUCUGAGGGUAGUUACAAAAUCACAUUUUCUGUCUUGGUUCAUUCAUAUGUUUCAUAUAUUUACGAAACUGAGAUAAUAUUUAAUAAUUUAUUAUUUAACUGAUAUUGAAUUGUACAAUUUUCGAAAAAUGUAAAUGUAUACUGUAUACCAUAAUAUUAAUUACAAGGUUUAUCAUUGUACACAUGUUUCAGAACACUUUGGUGAAUAUUGAGACUGAAUUAGGAAACCAAUAUUUUGAUAUAGAUACUGUUUAGCUCCACGUGUACUGAGACGCUUAUUGUGUUAAAAUAACAUCCAAAUAUCGACACGAAGACAUAGUUCAGAAAUUGUGUAUAUCAAGGAUAGAUUGUCUAGGGAUAUGCAUUUUAUAUUUGGACGUUAUUCCUGAAAAAGGUUCCAAACCACAAUAAUGUCGAAAUUGAGUUAAGAACAUAAAACUGGUCACUUGAUUCAUAUUAACAGACUGACAAAAAAUUGCAGCCCUACUUCUUUAAAUGACAUCAUGACUUAGCAGCCUAACCCACAUUUAUAGAAUACACUAAUAUUUAUUAAACUUUAAACAUAAAUUCCUUAAAAUGUGAUGUUUGUGGCUUGGUCGUUUUUCAGGAACUACGUCCAUUAAAACCAGCAAAAAUAACCCCGAAAAUAUAGUUUUAAAUAAUAAAAUGGAACGUCUGAUCAUAUUUAGAUAGAAUACAACAAUAACGGGGUGAUAAGGGAAAUAUGCAAGGACAAGAUUCCUUAGAAGGCUGUACAUAAGUGUAUGUGAUUUAUUUAUUAACGUCGACCCGACCGUGCAAUGGACCACGAUAUCGAGACGGUUGGAAACCCGACUCAUGCUAGAUAGAAUAAGUGGUGAGGAUUCUCGACGAGCCAUGCUGUAAUCUUCAAAUGUAUCAUUAAGUCUAAAGAUUUAUUUUGCCUCUUCUAUAUGAUCAGUGCCUUUUUUGUGACGACCCAUAUAGCCCAGUGGUUAGUGUUCCUGCCUCCUGGGCAUAUGUGGCACAUAUAGGUUCGGUUUUGAAUCCCGGUAGGUGCAAUCAUUUAUAUGAUUAGUUUGGAUGUUUGCAUCCGAGUCAGGGAUGUAAAUAGGAAUAAUAGUACAAGCUAAGUUUGGGGCAAGAUAAUUUUAGCACUUUUAGCUUGGUUGACCAUAUUGGAGAUACAAAAAAAACACAUUUUUCGUUGAAAGGAUAUGGGGCUGAUCGCUACCAAAAAUCCCCGUCAUCAAGAUUGUUACAGCCGGUUUAUAUCUCGAAACAUAAAUCGAGACUGUUAAAUAUUGUUGCAUUGAAGAUUAUUUGCAGGAACAGUUGAGACUCCUUAUUAUUAUCGCUUACUUAGUUAAUUAUUAUAAGUAUUAAGUACCUAUCAAUUAUUUAUUGUUCUAUCUCAAAUAUAUUUAGGAAAAUUCAUAGCGUUUUGUGUUUCAUCAGUGGGGUAAGGCGCGGAUAACAUGUAGUGCAACGCACAUAAUUAAUCAAAUAUUUAUUGCAGAUUGCUCUUUAUCUUAUUGCUUACAAUAUUAUAAAAUUUAGCGUUAAUUCCGAUAAGUUUCAUACUUUGAGACGUGUUUUUUUUUUGCCUGCACACAAGGCAUCUUCAGGAGCUAUCGAUUAGCCCGAGACGAGAGUCCAGUCGUAAAAUAACGCAUUCUAAUAUUUUAAUUAUUAUAAAUAAACUAUAUUUUUUUUUGUUUUAUAAUAAUGAAAAUAUAAGAAUUUAUUUUAUUUGAUUAAACAUAGAAAAAGAGCACUGUUACAAUAUUAUUCAAAACUUAGUCAUUUAGAAUCAUUAUUUUCUUUAUAUUAUUAUUAAUAAACAUUCAUUAAUAACUAUAAUAACCUACAUUCAUUAAUAAACAUAUUUAGUGCGUUCACAUUAGUUGCUAGAAAUAAUCAUAAUUAUUCAAGUAUUAUUUUUCAGUGUUGGUUGUAUUUGAAUUAAGUUUCGCACUUAUACAGAUCCGCGCCUGAAGUUGUAGACAGAUUGGAACUGACAAUAAACAAGCCUCAAUUCGUAUUGUAACACAUAGAUUUAAGAAUAACUCAACUUAGAUCAUUGUGUACACCAUACGCUGUAAUGAAGAAUAUUUUUCCUUAUGAAUGAAUAAAAACUCCUUACCCCCACAAACUCCAUAGUCGUUGUCAACAAGGAAUAGAAUAUGCAUUGUUGUAUUGUGCAUUUCAAGAUCUGUGAUAUAGAGGCUUGUCUAUGGCAUAUCGUUUUGUAUCUGUGGUGGAACAUUUGAAUUUCGAAUUAUUUGGUGGCUAUUUGUAGUUCCUAAAUUACGAUCAGUAUUUUUUUUCUCAAUAUGUCAAAACCACAGAUAAUAAACAAGUUAUGAAGAAUCUGUGAAGACACAAACCAAUAGUAAUGGGUAGCUGAUUCCUGAAUGUAUAAUAGAUUUAGUUGCAAUACCAUUUGUCGAGCAAACAUAAUAAUAAUAACGUGUAUGUAUGAAUGAAUGUGUAGCAAUAUUUGGAAUUAAAAUGAUAUUUGUUUGUAUAGAUAGAGCGUCUUUGAGUUUAAUGUAAAACUUAAAUAUUUUUUUCGAGAACACACCGAAAUUUAAUCGGCAUUUAUUUAUCAUAUUAUUUUUUUUAAAUAUUGUUUAAGUUUAUUAUGUGACAGCCAACUUAAUUAAAUUAAUUCUGCUGUCAUUACAGUAAAUUGGAAAUAAUAGAAUCUACAUAUUUAUUGCAACCCUAUGUUUCUUCCCAAUUGAAGAUGCAAGGUUACUAGGAAUACUUAUAAAUAUUUUGUAAAAAGGGAGAAAAAUACACUCAUUUACUUUUAAUACUAAUCUUCAUUCAACACUCAUUAUUUGUUCCAUCUAUAAAAUAAUAUAUUCUUGUUCGCGUGUUUUAAUUCACAGACAAUUAUACUAAUUCCACAGUAGGCUCUGUCUAUACAUGCUUUAAGUCAAAGACAAAUAUUAAUUAUAAAAUUACUGAAUGUUUAGCAUUGAAUGCUACGGUGUGUGAGAGUUACUGUAUCAAAUAAGAUAUAAUGGCAGAAAUAAGACAAUGUGUUGAUUAUAAUAUAUUAUAGUAGGUAUGUAACAAUUGUAAUUUGUAAAUCGUUUUUCUUUUCAAUAAAGUUUUCACAAAAUUA